AUGCCUCCUCCUGUACGCGCUGAGGUAGCGCUUGUAUCCCUCCAGAAUUGUCUGGUCAAUCUACCUCCGGGAUUGAUUGCGCUGAUUAGCAACACCAAUAUCCCAGCUCAAAAUGUUGUCGUCGAACUACAAUACCGGUCACAGACUUUGUCCUCUGGCGCUGUCUCCAGUGGUAAUAGUACUGGCUUUCAGCGCUCUGCCUAUGUUGGUUGGACUGGGAUGCCUAGCCGGACAAGACCGGCGUCACUUCUGAAUAAUGACCGAGCCCGACCUGGAAGCAGGGAACAGGAUGUCCAAACCGUCGAGAUUGAUGCGACAUUUGCGAAACUGCUUGGGCUCUCAGAGGGCCAGAAGAUUGGCAUAUUGGUCCAUCUUGACCCCCCUGUCGCUCACAGCAUCAAUAUUGAGCCACUGACACCUGCAGACUGGGAAGUUAUUGAACUACAUGCCACUUUCCUGGAAUUAAACCUUUUGUCUCAGAUCCGUGCACUUCCAAAUCCUGCAUACAGCAGCAAGACUACUGUUCAGGCAGAGCACACCCACCCCUUAACUCUACACUUAUCACCGACGUCAACAGCGAACAUUGUCGUCACUUCCUUGGUACCGCCUGUUCCAAAUACCAUCCCGUUCGCUAAAAUAGCUCCCGACGCCGAAGUCAUUGUUGCGCCCAAGACUCGGCCCAAAUCUAGUAGGAGCGAUAGGCGAGACGCAAGGAGCACGGCAAGCAGGCGAAGCGGCAAAAGCGGUGUCAGCAAUGCCCGAAACAGGACGGGUCCUGCGAGGCCUGCAUUGUUUAUGCGCGCGAUCGAUCGAACAAUGGCAGGCAGCUUCUUCGAUGAAGACAAAAGCAUAUCCCAAAGUCAUAAGCUGUGCAUCUGGCUCGGCAGCGAAGCCAUCGAGUCUGAAAAUCUAAGAGCUGCCACAUGGGCAAACGUCACUAUUAUCAAGCCGGCCGGUAUGCGAGCUCAGCUGGACAGUAGCCAAGUCAACCGUCUGAAGGAAGAAGAGAACAGCGAAGUUGGAAGACCUGCUUCUAAAGUUGUUGCCCAGGUCCUUCCUUGGGCAACGCCAAUCGACAGUAAUCACGCCGUUCUAUCGACGUCGCUUUGCAAAAUGCUCGGCGCAGAAGGGAUGGUUGGGAUCAUUGUCCGGAUUCAAGCUACUGGGCCGCCUUUGCCUCGCUACUCUGUCAAAAGGUUCCACUUCUAUCCCUUUCUGCCCGCGAAUUCGAAAAAGAAAGACGGCCUCCAGUUUGGCGGAGAUUCGAAAGCGGCGAAACAAGCACUGGCCGACAAAAUCCGACUGACAUUCGCUGGGGAGGACGGACUGCUGUCUGGGCCAAUCACUGAUGGGAUGGUUCUUCCAGCCUCUGGAGACUCCUCUUCUGUCGCAUCAUUUGAUGGCGGAAUCCUGCGGUUCCGUCGCCCGGCUGAGGUCGAGGAAGACCAUGACAAUUCUUGUCUGUGGGUGCUAGGGCAAGAGCAGGACCAUGAAUUUGAGAUCAAGGCAGAAGUAGCCCGGCCCGUGGAGCUGACGACCAUAUUCCCCACCUUCGCCCAUGGAAUACCUAGCAAGCUUCCCAAUCUGAUAGGCUUCGAUGGGAUCAUGAAGCAAUGCUUGUCCAGUCUGACUCUGUGCUCAUCUGUGUUGUUGACCGGCGGCGUCGGGUCAGGCAAGACUUCGCUUGCUCAUUGCAUAUCACAACGGCUGCGGGAGGAUUAUGUCUUCAACGUGACCUAUUUUGAUUGCCAGAAGCUGGUUACCGACGAAACCAGAGUCUCUACUGUGAAGGAGACUCUCACGAGGUUGUUCAUGUCAGCUUCUUGGUGUGCGAGACUAGGUGGACAAUCAGUUGUCGUCUUGGAUGACCUGGACAAGAUUUGUCCUGCUGAAACUGAGCUGGAAGUUGGCAACGACAACGGUCGCAGUCGCCAAAUUACCGAAGUGCUUUGUGCCAUUGUACGCCAAUAUUGCAGUAUUCACUCUGGUGUUACUCUUCUGGCCACCGCACAGUCGAAGGACUCGCUCAACAGCAUCAUAAUUGGGGGGCAUAUAGUAGGCGAUAUAAUCUCCAUCAAGGCUCCCACGAAGGAAAUCCGCCGGGACAUUCUUGCGUCUCUCACGAAUGAUGGACCGCAAGUUAGCAACCGUGGCCACCACCGAAAUCAAAGCGACACCCAAAGCAUGUCAGAGAGCUCCUGGAUGGAUCCAACAAACCCGUCCUCAAGACCAACGUCUUCCGCUUCAUCACCAACGGUUGAAGGCUUUCGUGUCGCGCCUAGCCUCGAUCUGCUCGACAUCGCUGGGAAAACCGAUGGCUACAUGCCUGCCGACCUCGUACUUCUCCUUGCCCGCGCCCGAAACGAAACACUCACGCGCAUAAUAUCGGAAAAUGACGACUCAGAUGCACCGCCCACUCUGACGAAGGCCGACUUCGACGCCGCACUGAAAAACUUCACCCCUUCUUCCCUCCGCAACGUAACAUUGACUCACUCCACCACCACAUUCUCCUCCAUCGGGGGUCUACACGGCACCCGCAAUACCCUCCUCGAAACACUCCUCUACCCAACAAAAUAUGCCCCCAUCUUCGCUCGCUCUCCGCUCCGUCUCCGCUCGGGACUGUUGCUCUACGGAUAUCCCGGCUGCGGCAAGACACUCCUGGCCUCCGCCGUAGCGGGUGAGUGCAACCUCAACUUCAUCUCCGUCAAGGGUCCCGAAAUCUUAAACAAGUACAUCGGUGCUUCCGAAAAGUCCGUCCGAGAUUUAUUCGAGCGCGCCCAAGCUGCAAAGCCGUGCGUCUUGUUCUUCGACGAAUUCGACAGCAUUGCGCCUAAGCGUGGACACGAUUCCACGGGCGUGACUGAUCGCGUGGUGAAUCAGAUGCUCACGCAGAUGGAUGGCGCCGAAGGACUUGAAGGAGUCUACGUGCUGGCGGCCACGAGUCGGCCGGACCUCAUCGACCCGGCGCUUCUGAGGCCGGGACGACUGGAUAAGAGCUUGCUGUGCGAUAUGCCAGAUAUGAAUGAUCGGCUGGAUAUCUUGAAGGCGGUCAGCACGAAACUGCGCUUGAAGCCCGAGGUUGAGAAUCGGUUACUCAGCGUCGCGCAGCGCACCGAGGGCUUUAGUGGCGCAGACCUCCAAGCGCUCAUGUACAACGCCCAUCUAGAGGCGAUUCACGACUUGCUGGGCGACAAGGUAUCGUCCGAUCAGCAAAAGGGUCGCGAGCUGGUCAACGGAACUAGUAACAGCAGUGGUGGUGGUGGCGGCGGCGGAGGCGGGAAACGCCGCAAACGCCACAGUAGCACCCAGGGCAAGCACGAUUUCUUCCACUUUCUGUAUUCGCCGGAAGAGGACGCUCUGGCGAGGAAGUCACUCGGCACGGGCGCCUCGGCGAUGGAGUCCAAAGCCGCCAUAGCCUCGAAGAUUGACGAGCUGAAACUCGCGCGCAAGCGCGAAAAGGCGGCCCUGAAGAACACCUUUGCCGCACGGCGCACAUCUUCCUCGACUUCCUACGACGGCAUGGCGGCUGACGGAGGAGACGCAGACGAUGCCGCCGCGGAGGCCACCGGCGGAGCCGGCAAGGACGAGGUGGUGAUCGAGUGGCGACACAUGGAGAAGUCGCUCGCGACGACGCGCAGCUCCAUCAGCCCCGACGAGAGGCGCCGGUUGGCGGCCAUCUAUCAGGAGUUCGUGGUCGGCAGGAACGGCGAGAUGCCCUCGGGCCAAGGCGGGAGCCAGGUCGGCGGCAGGACGAGUUUGAUGUAG